GGAACUCACAAUCUAUACCAAUACAGAAAAAUCUCAUAACUCCUCAAGAAAACCAGCCUUUGAAAAAUGGCGGAGGCAUCUUCUUUGGUGGGGAAGCUUGAAGCAGACGUGGAGAUCAAAGCUUCGGCGGAAAAGUUCCAUCACAUGUGGUCAGGGAAACCACACCAUGUCCCCAAAGCAACUCCAGGCAAUGUUCAGGACUGUGUGCUGCAAGAAGGCGAUUGGGGCAAAGUGGGAUCUAUCUACUUAUGGAACUACACUCAUGAUGGGGAGGCAAAGGUGGCGAAGGAGAGGAUCGAGGCAGUGGAGCUGGAGAAGAACUUGAUCACGUUUAGGGUUUUAGAUGGUGAUUUGAUGAAAGAGUACAAGAGCUUUGUGAUCACGAUCCAGGUUACCAAUAAGCAUGGAGAGCCUGGAAGUAUUGUGCACUGGCACCUUGAGUAUGAGAAAAUUAGUGACGCGGUAGCUCAUCCGGAAACUCUCCUCCAGUUUUGUGUCGAAGUAUCCAAAGAGAUCGAUGAACAUCUCUUGGCUGAAGAAGAAGAAGAGGUGAAGCAAACAGAGACGUCUAGUUUGUUGGGGAAGCUUGAGACAGACUUGGAGAUCAAAGCUUCGGCUGAGAAGUUCCAUCACAUGUGGUCAGGGAAACCACAUCAUGUCUCCAAAGCAUCUCCAGGAAAUAUUCAGGGCUGUGAUCUGCACGAAGGCGACUGGGGCACGGUAGGCUCUAUCAUCUUCUGGAACUACGUUCAUGAUGGGGAGGCAAAGGUGGCUAAGGAGAGGAUCGAGGCGGUGGAACCUGAUAAGAACUUGAUAACGUUCAGGGUUAUAGAAGGUGAUCUGAUGAAAGAGUACAAAAGUUUUGUGGCCACAAUUCAGGUGACCCCUAACCCUAAGCAUGGAGGUUCAGGGAGUAUUGUGCACUGGCACCUUGAGUAUGAGAAAAUUAGCGAGGAGGUUGCUCAUCCCGAAACUCUCCUUCAAUUAUGUGUUGAGAUCUCUAAAGAGAUAGAUGAACAUCUCUUGGCCGAGGAAUAGAGAGGAGAGUACUCCUCGAUCGUGCAUCUAUUUGUGUGUGUACCGUAUGUUCAGUAUUUGAAUUCAGAUGCAAUAAAUAAGGACUAUGAGCCAUGUCCGAGUUUGUGAGUGUGCAUGAAUAUUUCAAUGUAUGUUUUACGUUUGAAAUUGUAAGUUUGAGCAGCGACGUGUAGUAGUAGCUAAAAUAUUGAAGCUACUACAAUAUUAACUAUGUUAUGUUUACUAGCGCUUAUAAAAUAUCUUUGGAUUUUA